AUGGUACAGCUUUUUAGAACAGCAUACCCCCCAACAACAUAUAAAGCGCAUAUUUGUAGUUGCGCCUUUAUAUUUCGUGCAAUCUGCUGGCUUAUAACAUACGUAGUUCCUAUUAUAAUUUGCGUUUUUUAUUAUUUCAAUCAAUCCCAAGUUCAGAUAGAUCAAGAAUAUCCUACAUAUUUUCCAGGCGAUAUAGUUUCUGUCUCUUUAAUCAAGAAUACAACAAGCGGCUCUAUCGAAUCUCUUUCAUACCCAGCAGAUAUUCCUAAAUUCCUUCCAAUGUUUGAAGUUGCACAGGAAGUUGACGAAACCGGAAAUAUCACAGCAUCUACAGUUCGUGUACGCGCAGAGAUCACAGAUGAUUCUACAAUUAUCGGUGUAAACAUUAUAUUUGCUUAUAAUGUUAGCCUUAGAAAGUGGUCUCGCAGUGAUACUAGCAGCUAUGGAUUUUUCGCUCAACAAUUCCCACAAGGAGUUGAAAAAAUCACAUGCCAAGGUGUUUUAUCUCUCUACCAGGAGAAAGCUGUAGAUUUCCGUGGAUCUCUUCCAAAUGACGUUAUACCUUCAAUGAAUCAUAUUAAUGUACAGAAUUUACUUACUGCUCAAUCCAACGUUUCUUCGUUGUAUUUCAUUACAUGGAGAGACCACGUUCCUCAAUACAGAGUUGCCUCAUCAGGUAAAUAUACAUUUGAAUGCUACUUAAAGAUCAUGAUUAGCGAUAUCACGAUCAUGCACUCACUUCCAUUGGUUUCUAUUAUAGAAAGCAUCAUUAUCUUAUGGCUUUCUACACAUAUUCUUGUUUCUCUUAUCGUUGGCUUUAUCCAACAUCAUACUUUUUAUAAUGGCAUUGUUACAACCAUUAAGGAAAGACACUAUACACCAACAUCUAACAGAUCAGUUAGACAUUAA